GUUGCGUGCUCAUUGUGUGCAGUGACCGGGCAAUAUAAAAAGAUAACCCAAUCUUUUAAUGUCAAUCUUUCAUAUCUUCAGAGUCCUCCACUUCCUUCUGGGCCCCCCUGAUGGGCUAAUGAGGUCUUCACGUCAUAUAUGGCUGGCUGUACAGUAGGGUAGACUCAAUCAUGGCCGACUCUUGACUCUCUCUCUCUCUCUCACUAUUAAUCUCCAGAAACAGCCUUCGCAUCUUGUCCCAAAGAAGCAAACCCUCUUCUGCGCUUCAAUUUUUUUGCCCUUUUCUUGGUUUCUUCACCUGCUGCCAAAUCCAUCAUGCACUCCUCAAAUGACUAUCAGAAGUUUCCGACCGCUACGCAGGCGCCGUCCAUGUACGGUACUCAACCCCCAGCAACCGGUGUUCCGAUCACCGCCGGCGCCCCGGCUUACCUUCAGCCCACCUCCGGGCGUCCGGUCCCAUGGUCCUCCGGCCUCUGUGAUUGUGGCUCCGACGUCUCAAACUGUUGCAUAACAUGCUGGUGCCCGUGCAUCACCUUUGGGCAAAUUUCAGAGAUUGUUGACGAAGGAUCAACCUCAUGCGCAACAAACGGAGCAAUCUACGCACUGCUUGCGGUGUUGACUGGAUGUGGGUGCAUCUACUCGUGCACUUACAGAACAAAGAUGAGAAGGCGAUAUCAGCUGGAAGAGCGUCCCUGCGGUGACUGCCUUCUUCAUUGCUGCUGUGAGGCCUGCGCUCUGUGUCAAGAACAUCGCGAGCUCAAAUCCCGUGGGUUUGACAUGUCCAUUGGAUGGCAAGGAAAUAUGGACCGACAAAGUGGAGGGGUGGCAAUGGGUGCAGUCCCCCCUUCAGUCCAGCAUGGCAUGCAGCGCUAGAGACAGAACUUGAGAGAGAGAGAGAGAGAGAGAGAGGGAGUAUGCUAUUGCAGUAGUUUAUAUACAUAUACAAUGUAUGAAAUAUCUGGCUAUUUGGAUUUUUUCCAAGUACCAUAUAUGGAAUAUACACAUGUCAUGACUUUGAUCACUGGUCAAGAAUAAGAGAAAAACGGUUUGAGGAGACGAGUAUAUUUCGGGAGAUCACUUAAGUUAGAUAGUCUGGGAGGAUUAUACAUUUGUAAUAACAAAAAUAUGGAUAAUGAAAUAAGAUGAGAUGUGAGAUUCAAUAGUA